AUGGGUUAAGUUUAACAGUCCAAAUAACACUUUUUGAAAAAUUGGUAAAAGGUUGAUUCUAGAGAAAGCAGAGUUUUCGGAUGUGAAAUUGAGGUCUACACAAAUCAAAUGGAAGAAGUAGCUGUAGUGCAUAAAGUUUAUUAAAGCGAGAUGCAUUAUCAAAAAGAAUUGAAGAGAUUGGAACAAUAUUAGUAAAUUAGUUAGAUGCCAGGUUUGAUUCGCCUAUUAGACAUUCAGAAAGAGGAAGAGUCAACGUUGUGUAGUAAUUUAUUUAAAAUCGAUGCUAUCUUUGAAUUUGGAAAUUAACUACCAGCUAAUUUGCCUUGGUUUUAGUUUUUACAAUAAAUCAUUCACACCUUGAUUGAAUUGCAGAAUCGUGAUAGAUAUCACGGAGAUUUGAGACCGCAGUCUUUUAUGUAUACAAAUCAAGUGAAAUUACUUUUACCAAAUGUGGAUUAAUAUAAUAGAUUUUUGAGUGGUUUUGAAGAAUACUGUUACCUUUCACCAGAGUUGUUUUUUCAAUUAGGCAGAAAAGUCUUCAAGCCAGAAUAUAAUAAGGAGAAAAGUGAGGUCUUUACAAUUGGAUUGGUCUGUUUAGAACUCAUUUUAUAAGAAUAGAUACAAAAAAUUUAUGAUUUCCAAGAAUACAACAUAAAAUAAGAAGUUCUGAAUGAAAUGCUAAGUAGAGCCAACAAUAAAUUAGUCAGUCGAAUGUUAUCUUUUAAACCAGAAGAUAGACCAAAUUACUUGUAGAUAUACGAGGAGAGCAUAGUAGAAUUGAUGCAAUAAUCGAUGAACAGCAAUAAUAAAGUCAUAAUACCUAACAACCAAAAUGAUAUUUUGAAUGAACAUGCAAUUGAGAUCCAAUCACGAGUAUUAGUAAGAGAACAACAAUCAUAGGCGCAGUCAUUUAUUAUGCAAUCAAAUUAAUAGCAUCCUUUAUUAUGUCAACAAUCUUAACAAUUUACAUUGCAAUCAUGUAAUUUCAAAGAUUCUAACCCAACAUUAACAUCUAUGCAAUAACACCCUAUGUUCUUUCAAUAGGAGAACUAAUUGCAAAAAUAAUAGUUAAGGUCUAAUUAAGAAAACGAGGAACCUCAGUCAAUGAAGAAAGUUCAUCCUUUUUUAUCAUAAAAAAAUUCAUAACCUACCGUCAAGAUGCAUUCGAAUAAUAGAUCUAUGAAUCAAACACCAUCCCAAUAAAUACAGACACAAUAAAAACCACAGAUUCCUUCCAACUUAUAGUCCUUCCAAUCAAGUCAAAGCAGUUAAUAAUAGGCCUUUUAUUCGACACAAGUGCCGUAAUAGGCCAAUUCUCUUUAAUAUUUGACCAUUUCACAAUCUCCGAAUCAUAGAUAUUCAUAGAAAUCUUAACAAUCUUCAGUUUCUAAACAUCAAUCUAUUUAGCCAACAGAGUAUGCCUUUCUGCAUGAGCAAGUUCAUGUUCCAUUCAACCCUGGGUCGGACUUCCUCGAUUCAUCUAGGUAAAAAGAAUAGAUGGAUUUUGUUUCACCCACUAGAAGUAGUUAACGACCCUCAUCCAAAUUGAAGGACAUUUCUAACAAAAAAGCAAGAACUGUGUAAAAUACAACUAGUACUACCUUGGGUACUAGCAAUAACAAUGCGAAUAAAUAAGUAGUUAAUAAGAAACCUUAAUUAUUGAAGAGUCAAAGACCCUAAACCCAGAUGAGAUCUAAAUCACCUAAUGUUAAGAAAGUGCCUUUAAAGAAAUGAAUAAUGUGAUUUAAUUAACAAAAAUUUAAAUAUUAUAUUAAGAUAUUAUUA